UCCACCUUGAAUAUUAAUAAUAAUAGGUUUACUCACCGGCGUUAACACAGUCGCUUAACGGAACUCGUGAGAAGCGCCAGCUAGUUAACUUGAAAAAAACGCUCUAUUACUAAUUGUUUAAGUUUUCUGUAUAGACGCUAACAAAAAACAACUCCGGCAAAUUGCUUGUGAAAUUUUCCACGCAUACAUAAAUGGUCAUUCAUUACGUGCGUGCGUGUUUACGUGUAUGUUGUUAGACGCUUCUUGGCCAACACACUUGUUAACCAUUCAUAAUUCUCGCUUACAAACGUAAACAUAUAACGAACAUUCCAGAACUAGAAAAAUGUCCCUUCGUCGCCGAUACGCACAAGGUAGUUCAGCGCAUUAUACACAACAACCAAUGGAACCCUUUUGUGAUUGUGAGUUUCCAGACAGUGUACUGCUCUCCGCCCACAAAGGAUAUAUACCGAAUUUAAUAAAAUGUCGUUGUGGCGAACCUACAGAGAAUAAAGAAAAAAAUGAAAUGACAGAAAGUGAAAAUGUGAAGGAAUCUGAAAAUACGGUUUGUCAACCCAGUGGAGUAAAAUGGAGUUGGCAGCCGGAUGAGGCCAGUGACACAUUAAUAUCUGGCCCUGACAUUGUCUUUCAUCCCACUUAUAGUCAGGGUACGGGAAUCGUGCGCAGUGAACUGCCGCUGAAAGCUGGUAUGGUGCAUUAUUGGGAGAUGCGCGUCCUAACGCCACUGGCGGGUACCGAUGUGAUGUUCGGUAUUGGCACCGACAAAGUUGCACUCCAUCAAUUCCAGUACCAUUUCGUUUCGGCGCUCGGCACCAAUGCUGAAUCGUGGGGCCUCUCAUACUGUGGCAAAAUUCAACAUAAUGGCGUACGCAAAUCCUAUGGUCAGAGGUUUUCUCAGGGUUGUAUUGUAGGCAUCUGUUUGGAUAGGUCGCACGGCACUUUGGAGUUUUACCUUAAUCGUCGUUCACUUGGUGUGGCCUAUCGGAAUAUUCCAUGUAGUUCACGAGUGAAACUCUAUGCAAUGGUCUGCUCGACGGCCGCUAGAUCGUCUGUACGUCUAAUCAACUCUACGUCACAAAUGGAUUGCCUGCAAUUGCGCGCUUUUAAAUUGCUUUCGAAGCGGCCAAAAGAUCUACAACUGCUACGUGAGAUGCCCGGUUUUCGUUGUUUAUUUCGUGACUAUUGGUUCCACGUAAUGCCGGUGCGUUAUUCGCGUCAAACCGCCGCCACUCAAUUGGAUAUAGCCGAUGAGGCGGUGAUGCCAAGGAUAAGGGCGCGACAGGCACGAAAGCAGAAAUACGUAGAUGAUGACUCCGACACAGACGAUCUCUAUUCAAAUGCCCACAAGAUAGCGAUACGUUUUUUUACACCCGAGGAGGAAAAUGAUUCGCAUCCACUAGAAGGUUUCGAUGAAUAUUUUCAUUUUCUCACUAAGAACUCAGCUUAAAUAGACUUAAUGGCAAAAAGAACACAGUUAGCUAAUUUAAAGAACAAAACAAAGAAAUUAUGCGAAUAGCAGUGGCAAUGUUAUUGCACUUGAGUGCCUCUAGUGCUCAUAUGUAUUGUACUAUAUCAUAGGCAUAUCUAUAUAUACAAACAUACAUGUGUAUGUAUGUAUGUAAUUAGAAAUUUGUUAUUGCGCAAGAAGUUUAUUGUACUUAGCAUCAGAAUUUUCCAUUGCCAUAUCAGUCACUAAAUUUACAAAACGUAACUACGAAAUCCGUGGCAUUUAUUUAUUUACUUUAAUAAUUCACGACUGUUAACUACAAAUGUUUAUAACUGUAUUUUCCUGUCUUUUUACGACUUAAUAUUUUCUACGCUUCACAUUGAGUCGCAUAAAUAAUUUUUUGUCGUUUUGAUUUUUUGUUUUUUUUUCUUUUAUAUUCGAUUGGUGUUAUAGCAAAUAAGAGUUAGUGGAAACAGUUGCGAAAUAUUAUAAUAAGAGAUCUUAUAUCUUAUAUAUGUGUGUGUAUACAUAUGCAUAUAUGCAUGUAAUUGUACACUUGCAUAAAGGGUUAGGGGUAGUCAGAGGCCUGAAAAAAUGAUGCUUUUCAAUAAUUUUUUUUUUGCUAGUCAAUUACUUUAAUAUAUUUUACAAAAAUAAAAACAAAGCAUUAAUACAUCAUGUUUCGACUUGAAUUUAACAAAAUUUCAAAAAAAAAAUAUUAAAAAAAUUAUAAUUAUAAAAGUUAUCGCUGUUUGUGUGGAGCCCGUUUCUCCAGAAGUCCCUUGCGGUGAUCAUCACAAGUCCUUGGAGAUUCAUCUAAACUCAAUCGGACAAGAGAAAUAAGUUUUAAUAAUAGAUAAUCUUGUGCCUGAUCGAAGCUUUUUUUCAAAAUUAACUACAUAUAUGGCGGCCUUAGAAAAUAUUUUUCAGAUUUUCG